AUGACACAAACUUCAAAGGCUUUGACAUCAGCAGAAAUCAUCAGCUCAAACACAGUUAAAACAUCUACCUCUAUACCUCCCUCAAAUGCCACUGUCACUGUGACAACACCAUCUACAACUCCUCAGUGCAGAGAUGAGGACUGUCAGUGUGACAGGGGAGAGUGUAUAUUCAACACGACACUAGGCAGAUGUCACUGCCAUUGUCAAGAAUCAGUCUAUGGAGAUUCCUGUGUUUUUGGAGAGAACAACACCUACGCUAAUAUUGAUACCGGAGCAAUACCAAUUCGACAACUCGAAGCCCUGUGCAAAGAAGCGGAUCCACUGGCCUUUAAAAGAGUACAAAUCAAAAAAUUAAUACCAGGAAGUGUUGUUGCAGAGAGUGUAGCGGAGUACAACUAUCUGAACAAUGAAACACAAAUCCACUAUGUCAACACUGAGCUACAUGGUGUGUUGACCAACAUUUUGAAUGACACAAGCAACCUCAAUAAGAUUUCUCGGGCAUUUGGUAAUGCCACUGUGCAGUUAUAUGGACUCACCUUCCAGUCACCUGAGAUUAAAAAUAUCACGGACCUGAAGCCUUUUGUUAACUGCAGUCGGUUUGCCAAUUACACUGCUGAGAUUAAUAAUGGUCAAUGGCAGUGUUUUGGACCAUGCAAAAUAUACCCUGAUUACUGUCAUCAUCAUGGUGAAUGUCUGAACGAUAUUUACAAAGGGCCCAUUUGCCUGGAGACAUUUACAACUUCAUCAUCCAUCGAGUCACAAUCUACAUCUUUUACCACGUUCCCCCACAAAUACAGAGGUUUCACCCAGUUCAUCCUCCACAUUCCCUCCAAUAAGCACUCAUAUGAACACAACUCAGAUUCUGCUAACAAGCCAAGAAUCAUCAACAACAAUAAUGUUCUCAACCACAGAGCCACAGUCUACAUCUGUUACGACAGUGAUACCCACAGGAACAUCUGA